CAGGUGGCGGUACGGAGCUUUUUUGACGCUCGCAAGCCGUUGCGGCUCCCGGUCACCAGGUGGUAGGACUGAGCUCCUUUGGAUCCUACUCGCUCACUGUUAUUUCUGAAGAAGAAGAAGAAGAACGCUCCCAAAGCAGUCAACAUGGCGUUCAGUUUUGGCGGUGCCACGAGCAACACAGCACCAAGUACGUCCGGGUUUUCAUUUGGUUCCUUUGGUGCCAAGACAACAGCGUCCACAUUUGGGUUUAACCCGACAGCCAUCACGACCACCGCCUCGUCCGGGUUUGGCACUCUUACAGCUCCUGGUUUUGGGGCAGCCACCACCACCACCGCACCAGCCACAGGAUUCGGCUUUGGCUCCACCAACACUGGAUUUGGGGGGCUCGGAGCCGGAGGCAGUACGGCUGGCGCUUUUGGAGGCUUUGGGGCAACAACUACAACUGCUGCUGCACCGGGAUCCUCUUUUAGUUUUGUCAACCCCUCCAACACAACAGGAAGCUUGUUUGGGAACACACAGAACAAAGGGUUUGGGUUCCCAACCGGGCUUGGAGCUGGAACCGCAACCGGAACAUCGGGGUUUGGAACUGGGUUAGGCACAGCUGGCCUGGGCGGAUUUGGAGGUUUUAAUAUUCAGCCGACCCAGCAGCAACAAGGAGGCUUGUUUAGCCAGCAGGCCCAGCAGCAGGGUCAGCCUCAGCCCACCCAGCUGUUCCAGCAGGUCACCGCUCUCUCAGCCCCCACUUUACUUGGUGAUGAGCGCGACUCCAUACUUGCUAAAUGGAACCAACUGCAGGCCUACUGGGGUACAGGGAAGGGCUACUACGGCAACAACAACCCACCCGUGGAGUUUACCCAAGAGAACCCCUUCUGCAGGUUCAAGGCAGUGGGAUAUAGCUGCAUCCCAGUGAGUAAGGACGAGGAUGGUUUAGUUGUCUUGAUCCUCAAUAAAAAAGAAGCUGAUGUACGAGCCCAACAGCAGCAGCUGGUCGAAACCCUCCACAAGAUCCUAGGAAGCAACCAGACUCUAAGUGUCAAUGUAGAGGGUGUGAAAUCCCUGCCAAAUGACCAGACAGAGGUGAUCGUUUAUGUUGUGGAACGUUCUCUGAGUGGCACCUCGAAGCGCAUCGCAGCGUCUACGCUUUUCAACUUUCUGGAGCAAGCCAACAUCAAGGCCCAGCUGAUGCAGAUUGGGGUAGCCAUGUCUGUCACGCGCACCGAGCUGUCCCCAGCCCAGCUCAAACAGCUGCUACAAAAUGCCCCCGCAGGUGUGGAUCCCAUCAUUUGGGAACAGGCGAAGGUGGACAAUCCUGACCCAGAGAAGUUAUUCCCAGUGCCCAUGGUUGGAUUUAAAGAGCUGCUGCGCAGGUUGCAGAUCCAGGAACAGAUGACCAAACAGCACCAGACCAGAGUGGAUAUUAUAUCGAAUGACAUCAGUGAACUGCAGAAGAACCAGGCUACAACCGUGGCCAAAAUCGCUCAAUACAAGAGGAAACUGAUGGAUCUGUCUCACAGGGUGCUGCAGGUUUUGAUCAAACAGGAGAUUCAAAGGAAAAGUGGCUACGCAAUCCAAGUGGACGAGGAGCAUCUCCGAGUGCAGCUGGACACCAUUCAGUCCGAACUCAAUGCCCCCACACAGUUCAAGGGUCGGCUGAAUGAAUUAAUGUCCCAAAUCCGAAUGCAGAACCACUUUGGAGCUGUGAGGUCAGAAGAGCGCUACAGUGUGGAUGCAGACCUGCUCCGAGAAAUCAAACAACACUUGAAGCAGCAGCAGGAAGGUCUGAGUCAUCUGAUCAGCGUCAUUAAAGAUGACCUGGAAGACAUCAAAUUAAUAGAGCAUGGGCUGAGCGACAGUGGACACAUGAGAGGGGGCAUCCUGAGCUGAUUCCAACCUCUCAAAGCCUCUUCACACACUCUGACCCUUUAUUUUGAAAAGCAGAACAUCUUUCUUCCAGACCAUUCUAUUUUGCGAUCUUCAGAUUUGCUCGUUGCAGAAAAAAAAUCCCGGGCUUUCCAAUCAGUACAGCAAAACGACUGCGUAAUCUGGAUUGAUACAGACAGCUCAAUGGAAUGAUCAGUGUCUAAUAAUAGCCACGUCAAUCAGAUUAUGCACAUGUGACUGCCAGUGCUUUGUAAACAAAGAGGUGUUAAGUGUGUCAAGAUGUAAAUACAUCUUUGUAUUUUUUUUAACUAUUAGAAUACUAAUAAAUUUAAAUUCUAAACCUUUAA